CAACAACAUUACCUCAGGCAAUGACCUGAAAAACCCACCCGGCGGCUCUCCCUACCGUGGAAUGGCCGUGGACCCCUAGGCAGCCCCUUGGCUUAGGUUCUUUGUUCCCGCUUUCGGCUCCAGCGUUGGUGCUGCUGCGGUGGUGACAAUGACCAGGAAUGAAGCUGGCUCCCGCUUCAGCUCCAUGACGGGCUCCAGCACCGACAGCGCGCGAUCUAGCAUCACGGUGAAGCCGCUGCCCCUGACGCCAACCAGCCCAUCCUCCGCCGUCGGCCCUGGCGGUGACAGCAAUGCCUCUCGAUUUACCUCGCACGGCGCGCGAAGAGCCGCGCCGUCGCGCCUGAAGACGGACGAGAAUGGCAAUCUCAUAAGAUCCCUCAAAGAAUCCGAGUCCCAGGUAUCGCCAACCUCGACUGGCGCGCCGCGCCUCGCUCUGUCGCCCUCGCCGGCCGCCUCCAAUGCGUCGUCCUUGCGCGAGCACAGAAUGAGCGACCUGACAGGCUACCGCCGCGACCUGGCCAUCCUCGACCCGGGCGGCGGCCGAAAUCCCCACAAUGGCAGCCAGCAUAGUAACCCGGCCACGGGCUCCCUCAGCCAGAUCGCGCCCUGGAUGGCGAGCUCCGGCGGCUCGUCGACCCCGUCCAGCAUGGGCGCCAUCGCUACCAGCUUCUACAACGACUCGACCGACAAUCUGUCGGUCACGUCCCAGCUAUCCCCCGCCAUUCGCCCCGCAACGACGCGCCCGUCGCAGACUACCUCUGGUAGCAUCGAUUCGCCCGACUUUGCCUACUUCACCGAUGAACGACGCCCGUCGAUUGCGAGCGUCACGACCACGGCGAGCAGCCAGGGAUCCAGGACUAGUGGCACGCGCGGCGGCUUCAGGAAGCUUCAGGGCUUUUUUGGCGAAGAGUUCCCCGGAAGAGACUCGUCCGAGACUAGUCUCACACAACCGGGCCCAGGGAAGGAGCACCGCUCCCACUCCUACAGUCACGGCCGCACACACCGCGAUCGCAACUACUCCAAUGCUACUGACCAUGCUAGAGACGCCUCCCCGUCCUCGCGCCCACGGACACCAGUACCGGCUCCGGAAGUCGUGCCCUUUUUGUACCAGGAAGCCGAUGAUAUCGCGCGAUAUGGCGAAGCGCCUGUCAGAGAUAUCCUCAGUGGUCCCGACCGUGAUCGCUACAUGACCGAUAACUCUUUGCAGAACCCCCCAAAGACAUCGUCCUCCUCACGGUCAGGGCACUCUAUUGUCCACCUGCCUGGUCAUUCCCACAGGCAUAACAAGAGCAACGAAGACCCGAGGGCACUGAGGCCAUCCGUCAGCCGGGAGGAUUCCACUACCAGCCUCAUUAAAGAGCGCAACGGGUCGACUGCCAUGUAUGGCUCCCGGUCUCGGGCCCAGAGCCCGGCUCCCAGUGUCAAUGGCUGGGGCGGCGCCAAAAACGGGACGGCCGAGGGGCAAACAUCGCCUGGGCAUCACAAGAAGGGCCUCCUUAAUCGCUGGCGUGGGAGGGGCAACAAGGACAAGGACGACAGUUCAGACCAGUCUCUAAAGAAGCUCACCCCGUCCUCUCACUCUCUUCAGUCUCGUCCGUCUAGACAAGAAUUCCCUCGGGUCGAAGGACUAGCAGCCCAGCCCGAGUGGCCAACCGCAAGCGCGGCAGAGUUUCGUGACGCUUAUAGCCUCGGUGCCAGACCAAAGAUUCCACACCAAGUCACCUUCAACAAGUUGCCAUUUGCAAAGAAGAGCCGCUCCAACAGGCAACACGACGACAUCGACGAGCAGAUUGGCCCGACAGACAGGCAUGAUGGCGGUACUAUGUUCCAUCUCGACACAAACCUCAGCGACAUGACGGGAAUUCUCAGCAGGCCGUUGCCGCUGACCCCCAUGGACGCCGACUUCCUCAACCAUGUCGAACCCGAGAAGGCUGUUCCUUCGAAACCUAGCGGUCCGCAGAUUGCAGAGCCCAGUGUAGCCGGUCCGGGCCAAGUAGCCCCCCCAGGGGCAACAGGUCCGAACGGUGCAUGGUAUGCCCCAGACAGCUGGGCAGUUCGGCGAGGAGACGAAGUCUCGACCCAUGUACCCGAGGCCGACGACAUAGGGAGCCCGCCCAGGCCGGAGGAGAAGUUAACCAACUACUGUAUCCGCGUGUUUAGGUCGGAUGGCACAUUCGCGACGCUACAGAUGGCGCUGGAUUCGUCCGUCCAAGAUGUCGUCACCCAGAUCGUGAAGAAAUCGUACGUGACGGACGGCCUCGACAAUUACCACAUCAUUCUCAAGAAGCACGAUCUGGUCAGGGUCCUGAGCGCCGCCGAGCGGCCGCUCCUGAUGCAGAAGCGGCUGCUCCAGCAGAUUGGCUACGAGGACCGAGACAGGAUAGAAGAGAUUGGGCGCGAGGACAAUAGCUACCUUUGUCGCUUCCUGUUUCUCUCGGCUAGGGAGAGUGAUUUCCACGCCACGAAGCACGACCUGGGCUUGGGACGCAUGACCAAGUUCAACCACGUUGACUUAUCGGGGCGCAAUCUAAUCACGAUCCCGGUUCCUCUUUACUCCAAGGCCUCAGAGAUCAUCUCACUCAACUUGUCGAGAAAUCUGUCUUUAGACUUACCCCGGGAUUUCAUCCAAUCUUGCCAGAACCUGCGCGACAUCAAAUUCAAUAACAACGAGGCCCGGAAGCUGCCCAUGAGCCUCAGCCGCGCAAGUAAGCUCACAUAUCUAGACGUGUCAAACAAUCGGCUUGAACAGCUGGAGAAUGCCGAGCUGGGCAGUCUCACCGGCCUUCUCAAGCUAAACCUGGCCAACAACCGUCUCAACCACCUGCCACCUUAUUUUGGCGCCUACCGAUCGCUGAGGACACUCAACAUUUCGUCUAAUUUCCUCGAUAAAUUCCCCGCAUUUCUCUGCGAGCUCGAAAGUCUUGUUGACCUGGACCUGAGCUUUAACCUGAUUGGAAGCUUCCCCGAAAGCAUUGGGAAGCUACGAAGUCUGGAGAAGUUUGUCAUCACCAAUAACCGGUUGUCUGGCUCUCUUCCUCAGUCCGUCAAGAACCUGUCCAGCCUUCGCGAGCUGGACAUCAAGUUCAACGCCAUAACAGGUAUUGACAUCAUCUCGGAGCUUCCAAAGCUCGAAAUCCUGGCUGCCGACCACAAUGCAAUCUCUCAGUUCAACGGUACCUUUGAGCGGAUCCGGAGCCUCAAGCUGAACUCCAACCCGAUUACCAAGUUUGAAAUCAAAUCCUCGGUUCCGACGCUUAAGGUGCUCAACCUGUCCAACGCCCAACUGGCGAGUAUAGAUGAGUCCUUUAACAACAUGCUAAGUCUGGAGCGGCUGGUCCUCGACAAGAACUAUUUCGUGUCUCUGCCCAACCAAAUAGGCAAUCUCAAGAGACUGGAGCACCUCAGCAUCUCCAGCAACUCGGUCCGUGAGCUUCCUCCGGAGAUUGGCUGCCUGACCGAGCUCCGUGUUCUGGAUGUCCGCGGGAACAAUCUCCGGAAGCUUCCAAUGGAAAUUUGGUGGGCAAAGAAGCUCGAGACGCUCAAUGCCUCGUCAAACGUCCUAGAAAACUUCCCAAAGCCCGCCUCUCGUCCGCCGCAGCAGCCCGCAGAGACAAACAACUCAUCAAGCUCGCUGAACGGCAAGAGCGGCUCGUUAGGGCUUCUUUCGCAAACGCCGAGCGCGGAAGAGCUCAAUGGGGACUCGUCUAGACGGCCGAGUCAGGCUUCUAGUACUCUCCUCAGCGUUGGGCCUUCGCCCGUACCGGCCGGACCUGACAGGAAGAGCUCUUUGGUCUCCGUGUACGGGAAGGGCGGCCGUAAGACGUCUGUCAUAUCGAGGAGCACGACGGCCAGUAGCGCCGGCAUGAUGACGCCGACAAAUUCCUCUAGGAAGGAUUCAGGCCUCUCCCAGCGCCUGACUAGUAUGUUUGCAGGCUCCCUCCGCAAUCUCUACCUUGCAGACAACCAGCUCGACGACGACGUUUUUGACCAACUCAUCCUUCUCCCCGAGCUCCGAGUCCUAAAUCUCUCGUAUAAUGAUAUCAAUGACAUGCCGCAGGGUUCUAUCAAGAAUUGGCCUCAACUUGUGGAGCUGUACCUCUCUGGCAACGAACUGACCAGCUUGCCGGUUGACGACCUCGAAGAAUACAGUCUUCUGCAGACGCUUCACAUCAAUAACAACAAGUUCACCAAUCUCCCUGCCGACAUCUCAAGGGCUAAGAAACUCGCAGUGCUGGACUGUGGAAGCAACUAUCUCAAAUACAACAUUGCUAACGUGCCCUAUGAUUGGAACUGGAAUCUCAACCCCAAUCUGAGGUACCUCAACCUAUCAGGGAACAGGCGAUUGGAAAUAAAAAAUGGAUUUCCUGGCUCAGUUGCGCAGAACCGGGAGCAAUAUACCGACUUCAAUCGCCUGCUCAACCUCCGCGUCCUAGGCCUGAUGGACGUAACCCUCACACAACCCAGCAUCCCCGACCAAAGCGAAGACCGCCGUGUCAGAACGUCUGGCUCGCUGGCCGGCCACCUACCGUACGGCAUGGCUGACACGCUUGGCAAGAAUGAGCAUCUCUCGACGAUAGAUCUUGUGGUGCCUCGUUUCAACUCAUCUGACACGGAAACUCUCCUUGGUCUAUUUGAUGGACAGGCGCUGAGCAGUGGUGGCUCUAAGAUUGCCAAAUACCUGCACGAGAACUUUGGUCACAUCUUCACCAUGGAGCUCAAGGCCCUAAAGACGCGUCUCGAAGAAACUCCCGAGGAUGCUCUGAGACGGGCUUUCUUGGCGCUCAACAAGGACCUUGUCACGGUUGCAAUCCAGCAUACAGAAGAGAGACCGCUGAUGUCGCAUCGCGGUUCGACGGCCCCCGUCGUCCUUAGCAAGGAAGACCUCAACUCGGGCGGUGUCGCUACCGUUGUGUAUCUUCAGAGCCAAGAGCUGUACGUCGCCAAUGUGGGCGACGCUCAGGCUAUGCUCAUCCAGACGGACGGCACCCACAGGAUGCUGACCAAGAAGCACGAUCCUGCAGACCCCCAUGAACGCUCGCGCAUUCGAGAUGCCGGCGGAUGGGUCUCGCGCAAUGGGCGGCUGAACGAUCUGCUCGAGGUGUCUAGGGCUUUUGGCUACGUGGACCUGAUGCCUGCCGUGCAGGCUGCCCCACACAUCACGCAUGCCACGAUCCGAGAACAAGAUGAAAUGAUCUUGAUUGCGACCCGUGACCUGUGGGAGUUUCUACCGCCAGGGCUCGUCGUUGACAUUAUCCGAUCGGUGCGUGGGGACCUGAUGCGUGCGGCCCAAAAACUCCGGGAUGUUGCAAUGGCGUACGGCUCAACAAACAAGAUCAUGGUCAUGAUGAUCAGCGUUGCCGACCUUAAGCGCCGGAACGAGCGUUCACGAAUGAACAGAGGGCAGAGCAUGUCGUGGUUCUCGAUGCCCGUGGAAGAGCCAUUUAAACAGCGCAGGAGAGUGAAAGGAGAAGGCCCGCUCGACUCAACCCUCCAGCGCCUCGAGGCCGAGGUGCCCGCACCGACUGGCUUGAUCUCAAUCGUCUUCACGGACAUCAAGAACUCAACACAGCUCUGGGAGACAUACCCCGACGCGAUGAGGUCGGCUAUCAAGCUACACAACGAGAUCAUGCGCCGCCACCUCAGGCGCAUUGGCGGGUUCGAAGUCAAGACGGAAGGAGACGCAUUCAUGGUCUCUUUCCCUACAGCGACUUCAGCGCUGCUGUGGUGCUUUGCUGUCCAGGUGCAGCUGCUGACAAUACCCUGGCCAAACGAGAUGCUCAACUCGGUCAGCUGCCAGCCGACCUUUGAUAGGGAUAAUAAGCUCAUCUUUAGGGGUUUGUCGGUGCGAAUGGGCAUCCACUGGGGUGAGCCCCUGGCCGAGCCCGAUCCGGUCACUCGGCGCAUGGACUACUACGGCCCUAUGGUGAACAAGGCCAGCCGCAUCUGUGCCGUGGCUGAUGGCGGCCAAAUCGCUGUAUCGUCGGAUUUCAUCUCGGAGAUCCAGCGCUGCCUCGAGACUUAUCAGGAAUCCUCGGCAACGCCCGAGGACGCAGUCGAUGACGACAAUUUUGCCAAGGCCAUCCGGAAUGAGCUCCGGUCCCUCAGCAGCCAGGGUUUCGAAGUGAAAGACAUGGGAGAGAAGAAGCUCAAAGGCCUCGAAAACCCCGAAUUCGUCUACUCGCUGUAUCCCCAUGUCCUCGCAGGCAGGAUUGACCAGCACACUGCGCAUGAGAGGGCACAGGCAGUAGGCGUUUUUGUUGUUCAGAAACCAGCAGUACUAAGCCCCGGCAGCGAGCUGUCACUUAGCCCAGAGGACAUAUGGGCACUCUGGCGGGUAGCGCUGCGCCUAGAGAUGCUGUGCAGUACGCUCGAGGAGUUUAGCGGCCGAGGGUUGCAGCCGCCAGAAACAGAACUCCUGGAGCGCAUGAAACAGAGAGGCGGAGAGGUGACAGAACGGUUCCUGGUUAACUUUAUGGAGCACCAAGUUAGCCGGAUUGAGACCUGCAUCUCUACCCUCGCAAUGCGCCAUUUAGCCAUUGGCGGCGGCGCCAUCUCGCAGCUCAGCGACCUACGAGCUCCCAUGACUUCUGUUCUCUCGAGCGUCGCCGCUCAGCUCGCCGAACUCCAGCAGUACAAGGCCCGCUAUGGCCCGCUCCGAGAAGUCGAGGAGAUUGAAGAUGGGACUGAUGGUAGCGACACGGAGCAGGAAUGAUUCAUUUUUCUUUCUAUUUUCUUUUCGAAUUUCGUUC